AUGGCCUCGGUUAACAGCUCCGGCAUACAGUACUUGGUGGACAAGCGGCGCAACUCUUCUGUUCUGGCGCCGGUGGUCUGCUUCAAUCCGAGGAGCACGGUGGUCGGCGGCGUGUGGCAGGGGGAGAACCUCUUCGAGUACUCCUUCCCCCGCUUUGUUCUUCAGCUUCUGCUCAUCGUCUUCCUCACUCGCAUCGUCGCGCUCCUCCUCCGCCCUCUUCAUCAGCCUCGCUACCUCGCCAAUAUCAUCGGCGGAAUACUGGUGGGCCCCACGGUGCUGGGGCGCAUCCCAUGGAUCGCGGCGAAGCUGUUCCCCCUCCCGAGCGUGAUCGUCCUGGAGAACAUGGCCUACCUGGGUCUCAUCUACUUCACCUUCAUCAGCGGCGUGGAGAUCGACCUCAUCUCCGUCCACCACACCGGCCAAUCCGCCGCUUUCUCCCUCGCCUGCACCACCGUCCCCUUCGCCAUCGGCGCCGCCGCCGCCUCCCCUCUCCAACCCACCCUCAACACCGACGCCCGCUCCAACCUCCCCUCCUUCAUCGUCUUCCUGGGCCUCUCCCUCUCCGUCUCCUCCUUCUCCGUCCUCGUCCGCACCCUCGCCGAGCUCAAACUCCUCAACUCCGCCGUCGCCUCCACCGCUCUCUCCGCCUCCAUUCUCGUCGACAGUUUCGUCUGGAUCCUCCUCGGCCUUGCCGUAACCCUAGCCCAAAACGACGGAGAUCCUGCAAUCUCCCUAUGGACCAUCUUGUCCGGUCUCGGUUUCUACGGCGCCGUCCGGAUCCUCGUCCGCCCGGCCGCCGAUUGGAUCUCCUCGACCCCAGAGGGCGGCGCGAUCAACGACUUCAGCGCCGGCGCGAUGCUCGUCGGCGUCAUGGUGGCGGCGCUCAUCGCCGAUGCGAUCGGGAUUCACGCCGUCCUCGGGGCUUUCAUCUAUGGAUUCGUGAUCCCCAGCGACAGUCCGGUGGGCACGGCGCUGAUCGAGAGGCUUGAGGAUUUCGUCGAGGGUUUGCUGUUGCCCCUGUUUUUUGGGAUCAGUGGGAUCAAAACUAAUAUCGGAGCGGUUGGGGAUGUGGCGGCGGCGGUGUGUUUGGUUCUGAUUGUGGUGGCUUCUGCGGUGGUGAAGAUCGUCGGAUGCCUGCUGGUCGGCGUUAUGUAUGGGAUGCCGCUUCGUGAUGGAUUGGCCAUUGGAUUGCUGAUGAACACGAAGGGCGUCAUUGAGCUCGUGUUGCUCAACAUCGGCCGUGAUCAGCAGCUGCUGAGCGAAGCUUCAUUCGCAGUCAUGGUGUGCACAUCCGCAAUCAUCACCGCCUUCGUGAGCCCCCUUCUCUCCCUCUCCUUCCGCUCCACUCGCCGCACAUCCUCCUUCCAGCGCCGCUCCGUCGAGCACUCCGGCCGCCGCCCUGAUUCCGACCUCCGCCUGCUGUUCUGCAUUCACGCCACCCGCCACGUGCCCUCCCUCCUCGCCCUCCUCGACUCCUCCAAUCCCUCCAAACGCCAGCCCGUCUCCCUCCUCGCCCUCCACCUCAUCGAACUCUCCUCCCGGCCCUCCUCCAUGCUCAUCAUCCACUCCUCCUCCUCCUCCUCCGCCGCCACCUCCGCCAUCUCCCGAGCCUUCAAGUCCUACGAAGACCAAUCCCCUGGCGGCCUCUCCGUCCGCACCCUCACCGCCGUCUCCCCUUACCCCACCAUGCACCAAGACAUCUCCUCCAUCGCGGAAGACUUCCGCGCCGCCCUCAUCAUCCUCCCCUUCCACAAACACCGCACCGUCGACGGCGGCAUGGAGCUCACCAAUCCCUUCCUCCGCUCCCUCAACCAAUCUGUCCUCACCUCCGCCCCCUGCUCCGUCGCCAUCUUCAUCGACCGCGGCCUCCCGGCCCCCUCCCGCCUCGCUGUCUCCCGCAGCGCCGCCCUGUUCUUCAUCUCCGGCCCCGACGACCGCGAAGCUCUUGCCUUUGCCUCUCGCAUCGCCCCCCGCCCCGACUCCCUCACGGUCCUCCGCGUCGUCGGACCGAACAGCUCGGAAGGAGAAUCAUCCAUGGCCGACGACGAGUGCGUGACGGAGUUCCGGCUCCGGUACGUGAGCGAUGAAUCCGUGAUCUACGCGGAAACGGAGGCUUCGACGGCGGAGGACACGGUGGCGGCGCUGAGAUCUCUGGUGAACGGGAGGCACGAUUUGUACAUUGUGGGGAAGGGGAGCGGGGUGGGAUCGCCGUUGACUGCCGGUUUGACCGACUGGAGUGAGUGUCCGGAGCUGGGGCCGAUCGGGGACCUGCUCGCUUCGCCGGACUUUGGGGUUCCGGUGACGUCGGUGCUGGUGGUGCAGCAGUGUUUGCCGGCGGUGAUGGGGGGCUCGGAAACGGGGUUGGAGAAGACAACGAUGGGCGGUUCAUCGAGGGGGAGGUUUGCGAUGAUGACGGCGGAGAAGGCCACGUACAGGACCAGAAGCAUGGCUUCACGCCGGACAUGAGGAAGAUGGGUAAAAUAACAGUUUUUGGGGGUAUUCCUAUGUAUUUACAUAUAUAUAAUGCCUAUAUUUUUAUUUUUUACAUUU